CACGCCAUUUCCGGUAGCCGCACCAAUCCCGCUCCGCUCUUCUGACGAGCAUCGCUCCCUUUUUCGCCAUAUUAACAGUGAUCGGCCGGGUGGGGCGGGGGUAGAGAGUGGUUGGUGAGCGAUCUGCGUUUAUGAUCAGCGGUUGAUUUCUUACUUCUUCGGUGUGGUGACCGGUGCAAAAUUGCUAUCUAUCAAGUUUCACAUUUUGGUGAUACACAUCCAGUCAUAAAAUGGCAGCAAACAAGACCAAAGGCCAGAAUUCCUUGGCUCUCCAUAAAGUGAUUAUGGUUGGGAGUGGUGGUGUGGGAAAAUCUGCCUUGACACUACAAUUCAUGUAUGAUGAGUUUGUUGAGGAUUAUGAACCUACAAAAGCAGACAGUUACCGGAAGAAAGUGGUGCUGGAUGGUGAGGAAGUCCAGAUAGACAUCCUUGAUACUGCAGGCCAAGAAGAUUACGCUGCCAUCAGGGAUAACUAUUUUCGUAGUGGAGAAGGCUUCCUCUGUGUCUUCUCUAUCACUGAACAAGAAUCCUUUGCAGCUACGGCUGAUUUCAGAGAACAGAUUCUCCGGGUAAAAGAGGACGAGAAUGUUCCCUUUCUACUUGUUGGAAAUAAGUCAGAUUUGGAAGACAAGCGACAAGUAUCAGUGGAUGAAGCAAAGAACAGAGCUGACCUAUGGAGUGUGAAUUAUGUAGAAACAUCUGCAAAAACACGAGCCAAUGUUGAUAAGGUUUUCUUUGACUUGAUGAGGGAAAUACGUGCAAGAAAAAUGGAAGAUAGUAAAGAAAGGAAUGGAAAGAAGAAACGGAAAAGCAUAGCAAAAAGGAUCCGGGAAAGAUGUUGCAUUUUAUAAACUCUGCAGACUAAACCAUUUUAGAAGUCUAAGCAUACUAAGUAUCUCAUUUCAUUCACUGUCCUUCAAAGUGAUUGAAGGUACACUAAUGUUUUACACAUUCAGGUUUCACAGCAUGAAUUGGAGCCAACUUGAGGACACAAUUGAUCAGGAAGUUUUAAUGUCAAUCCAAAGCGUUGCUUUUUUUUGCGAUGUCAAUUGGUAUCGGGGCUUCAGAUUCAAUUGUGUUUUUUUUUGUACAUAAAUUACCAUUGGGAGUUUCUUUUGGAUGGGUCUCGUGGGGAUGGUUAAUCAUUCGUCAUCAUUUAAAUUGCAAUAAAAAAUGGUGACUUAUUUCUCUCGCAAGGCAAAGCACUUUUGUUAAAUCACACUUUGAAUCUGGACUAUCAUCAUUUAUAGAUUCUAUACAGGAGCUUUUCGUCUUUCUCCGGUUUAAAAACCAGGGCUUGAGUACUGCAAUUUGGAAGAUAAAUAGUUUGCAUUAAGCAGAACUUUAUCUUGCCAGAUUUUCUCUUUCUUUUAAAGGAAAAAGCACUGUCUACUUUUAAGUAGGUUGCACCGGUUUUUCACCACUGGAUUUUCUAAGACACUUGCUGUUUAAAAAGCACUCAUUUUGACCCAUUGCAAGCUGAGAUAAAACUUUCUGCAUUGAUGGUUUAAAAAAAGUUUAAGUAUUAAGAGUAACCUGUAAAAUUGUUUUCUUUCUAAAUGAGCUGAGUUGGGUUUUUGGCAGCUCCAAUUGGCUGCUCAACAUUUCUUUUCCCUUUUUAUGAAUGCUAGUUUUGUAGCAUUGCUAGUAAGCUUAGACUAUUGAUGCCAUGAGUUUCUAAUCUUACAUGUUAAAAGACAAACUAUACUUCCAGCAGUUGAGUGCACAGCAGCUUGUUUAUGUCCCAGUAUCUCGCUGAUAUUUGCUACAUGGAAAUUAAAUAGGGAAAAUUCCAUGUGCCUGUGAUGCCAUUUAUUUUUUCCCUAACGUUCUAAUCAAGUUGCUAGUAUGAAUAAAAAGACAUGGCAUUUAUAAAUAAUUAGCCCUAAUUUCUCAUGAAUAAAUUACUCCUUUUUCAUGUUAUUAAUGUACUAAAUAACAAAUGCAUGCUGUUUUAAGCUUGCAAUUUUAUUAGCAGAUUAAUUGGAGUGAAAGUGGAAUUCUCAAAUUGGUGAGAAAUUUCACUUUUGACUUAAAGUUGAGUUACUGGAGCAGUAGUCAGUAGUUUUGCUUUGCUGUUGGCAGAUUGAGCACUUGACAACAUCUAGUUGUUCAGUCUCCUGGAAUUUAAUAAACCUGUCUUGGUCUCAGGAGAUAAGUUUGGGAAGCCUGACUAUGAAACUGCCUGGGUUAAAUUCUGAUCUCCAAUUUUUAAACUGCAAAUGGUUGUGUAUUAUAUCUGCACAUGUGAAUUGAUUUAGUUUCUUCCUUUAGUCACAAAUAGGAUUUGAUCAUACUAGCCUUUGAUUUCAAUGAGCUCCUUGCUACCUAUGGCCUCUUGAGAAGCUUGUGACGCUGUGACGACGACCCAUACAAGGUAGACUCCUUGAGGCAAUUUUAACACAACGCACUCACUUGAAACUGACUGAUCAAGUGCAAUAAUGGUUUUACUCCCCUCCCAAUGGAAGGAAAUAUCUGUUGAAUAGUAAUAGGUGUGACACAAAACUAGUGUUCAUCUGAUCCUGUGGGUUUCUUGCAUAGCAAGUAAGGCUGAAAUAUUGUUUUUGAGGAAAAAUGAGAAACAGAUGGUGGGCUCUCUCGGCAUUGGAAUCCUGACAUUUAUGAUCGGUUGAGAUGAAUGAGAGUUACUUGCAUGUAACAAAUUUGUCUGUACUAGGAUGGGGACAAACUGGGGUUCUGUUACCUAAUGUGCUGGACUUGCAUGUAUAUGGAUUUUACUGCACUUGUCAUAUCAAAGUAAAUUGUAAGUGGCAUUUUGAGGCAGAUUCUGGCUUUACAAAUGGGGCACUAAUGCACAAUAGCAGAUACAUUUGCAUAUAAUCAAGCUGGGCUGUACUGUAGAAAAGCAGUGUAAAACUUGUAAAUAGAAACUUAUCUGAAAAUGCCUUAAUUUAAAAUCUUUACAGGUUACAUCCAUCAGGAGUGUGGCAAACAAAUUAUGCAGACAGUACUGCAAGGAACUUUUUACUAAUCCUGUUAAUGUGCCAUAUUUUGGGUCUAAUAGCCCAGAACACAAUUCAAUUGACUUGAUAUUGGGACUACCAUCUUCAGAAUUAUGCAUUUUGGUUCAAAUAGGUAAACUUUUUUUUUUUUUUUGUAAAGGUAUGUAUUGUCCUUCAAAUUAUAGUACCCAGCCUGUGCAGAGAUUAGUGGGAAAGUGAAAGAAGGAAGAUUUGAACUGUUGGACUCAAGUCCCCACCAACCAGCCAGUGUAUUCACUUUUUAUAUUGGCUGAAGUUUACUGACACAAGAACUUUUUAGAAAAGGCAAUUUGAAUUGUUUAACAGUUUCAAAAGGAAUGCCAGGAUGAUGCCACUAAAUCUGAAGUGCUGGGAACCUAGAAUGUAUAGUAUAUAAGAAUUUGUUCUUUCCUUUUUUUAAUUUGGAUGCAUUGUUUGAAUUUUGUCAUGUUUUAAACUUUUAUUGUUGUGUAUUUCAAAUUAGGAGCUAUUUCCACUGUAUAGAAUUGAGGGAUGCCAUGGAGAAUUGCUGCAAGAUAUGUGAACCUUGUUUUUGAGCAUAAGCAGCUUGAACACUUUUUUUUUAUUUUGUGUGAGCAGUGCAUAGCGGUGAAAUUUGUAUGGCAGUGUAAACUAUAAGAAUGAUUCUAACCACUAACAUUAGACUUGCAGUAUACGUGAAGCUUGGGUAUUAUGGUGUUAUGAAGCUGAAAAACACAAGUGUUAAAAGCUGAUGCCCUUGCCCGCUAAACAUUUUAAUUGUAUGUUGAACCAUUACAAAAUAAAAUAACAUUUUUUACAGCA